AUGGAUUCUCACAGCUCGUUUUGGGGUGCGACGACUUCGAAUGCCAACUUUUGUGAGGAGGAUUAUCUAGUGACGAGAUAUAUUGCCGAGUUCAUUAAUACUCUGACGAAUCUUGUCUAUGUGUUCUAUGCGAUCUAUGGCAUCAGCUAUCUCCGACGAAAAUCAAAUACCGAUGUCUCCCGUGUUCUCCCAUAUUGGGGGCUGAUGGGCGUUGGUAUAGCUUCCGCGGCUUUUCAUAUGAACCUUAAGUAUCAUACCCAGAUGAUGGAUGAUGUGUCUAUGCUUCUUACGACGACACCUGUCCUCCAUCGCGUCAUGACUGUCAAUGCUUCUCGCAGGACAUCAGUACUUGUGGGGGUACUCCUUAGCUUGAGUUUGUUAGGCCUCGUUGCCGUCCAUGUGAUCACGGAUGAGUUGAUUCUACAUUCUGUGGCUUUUGUGGUUAGUGUGACUGUCAUCGGGGUCCGUACGAUGCAGCUUAUUACUACCCGGACGCCAAAGGAUUCAGCGGCACGGAGGCAGGUUUGGGGGAUGGUGCGGUUUGGUGCUGUUAUUUUCGAGCUAGGAUUCGCCGUUUGGCUGGCCGAUGGGUGGAUAUGUGGGUUGCUGAGAAGCACACGACAUGCAAUCGGUCUGCCGUGGGCUUUUCUGCUGGAACUUCAUGGAUGGUGGCAUAUCUUCACUGGAGUCGGCGCGUACAUCUUCAUCGCGGUGGUGGAUCAUUUGCUGUGCAGUGAGGACCCUGAAGAUAUCCAAGGGUCAUUCGCCUGGCCUGCACCCUGGGCAGCGCAAUCUAUGUUUGCAGGAAAGGGGUCCUCAGCAGGCGUAAAAUCCGGGUCCAAGUCGGACUGA